AUGGUGAAUAUCAAAUCAGAAUUAACAUGUUUUGAAAGAGAACUUACCGAAGCAGAGUUGCGUGAAAUUGUGAAUUCUUCAACUGUUGGAAAGGUAAUGGCCUUGGAGAGUGACGAUGAUAUGGUUGAUUCCGAUGAAUUGUCCUAUGCUGAAAUAGAACAAGAGACUUUAGUAAUUGACGAUAUUGUAGAUUUGACACAAAAUUAUUUAGAAUGUGAAAGAGAAAUGUUAAAUACCAACAAUGAUUACAAUUUGCAAGCCGGAAAUAUGAGUUAUUCACCGGAGGAUUUGGUUGCGACACAAGAUACGACAUACAACUUUUGCCGUAUGCCAUUACGAGUUACAACCGGCUUGUGUAACGGCAUUGCCGUUAUGACACCAAGUUAUGCGCAUGCCAGUCACCCUAUUGUAAUUCGAAGACAUCAAGUUCUUUCACUCUACAGAAACAUUCUCAAAGAAUCGUCGAAUUUUUUUGAUGAUAAUGCGAAAAUAUUCUUAAAAAAUCGAACUCGCAAGAGAUUUAAAGAAUAUAAGGACGAAACUGACGAAACUAGGAUUUUAAAUAAAUUAGCUGAUGCUCGUCAGGCGCUAAGCAGGCUGAAGAGAGCUAAUGUAUUUGAUAUCAAAUCUGUUACUCGCGUUUUGGAGUUGACAUAUGGAAGGAGGGGACCUAUGAGACAUCAAUUGCUUAAGCCCAUUAUAAACGAACCGAGCGAAGCUCCCAAGCCCAUUGUUCGGGGAUUUCCAAGAACUGCCCCACCACGAAUGUCUCCAUCACUUCAAACAUUAUUGUUAUCACAAACGAAAACUCUUUAUCCUACGCUACCAGUACCAAAACAUAAACCUUUAUACCCGUCACGAAAAGCGAACCUAUUGUGGAGACAUUAUUCUAAGAUCAUGAAAACUGUUAUGCCACCUGUGGACGAUGUCACAUUAGAUCAGUUAGAAAAAAAUGCUGGAAAAGGUAUCCUAACAGGACAAGGUGUUGCAAAUAGGUGUAUACCAUCAAGAAAUCAUAAUGAUGAGCAAAACAGAUUGAGAACUCUUAGAAAUACAGGAACGCCAAAAAGUCCGCGUGAUCCUGUGAAAGAAGGACCAUAUCGUACUGCCAAACCUCAUAAUCCGAGGCCCCGCUUUAUACGGCGGUUAUAUCAGAGGCUUUUAACAAAGAUACCUGUCAUGAAAGAAGGUACCGAGUCAACACAUUUAUCAAAUUUUGGUCCUGAUACCUCUGGAAAUCAAAACAACUGUCCGUCUACCAUCACGUUACCAAACAAACGAAAUAAACGGUAUAUAAUUAUUAAAUCUUCUUGGGCAGAUGGACGUCCUCUUCCAUUGGUAAACCAUACGGAUUGGCAAGGACUAGAUCCUGUUGAGGUAGCAAAACUUAUCGAUGAUAAAAAAACUCAGAUUAAAAAAAAGGUAUACUGGUGA